GCAUACAUUUUUAUUGCUCUAUCGAAACAAGACAACUUACAGUCGCAUAUCCCGUUAUUGUAGACACGACCGUUUUCCGCCAUUUAACCAAUUCUUCGCUACUCGGCCCAGUCCGCCACUCGAACAGAAAAGUCGUUAACCCACAACCCACGCACGCGCUCAAAUACCUUUUUUUCGUUCUCAAUUCCUCCACAGCUAUUCCCGUCUCCGCGCUACAAGAAGCCGCAAUCCUCUUGUACAUUGAUACGCGAUGGCUCCUCCGUUUUCUUCGACCUUUGCUUCGGCUGCUGCAAGCAUGAAUGGUGAAAAUGCGGGAAACAGGAGGGACAAUGCCACAAAUGAAUGGUCUAGGAAUCGCGUUAAUGGCGCUGCUCAAACCUUCCGCAGAACUUCAACCACGACACCUUCACAAACACAGCAACGCGAAAGCGCCGCCACGUCCAACACUGGCAAUGAAGGCGUUUAUAUCCCUCCGCACCUGAACCCCAGCAACUCUUCACGGAACCUCCCUCUCGGUGACACGCGGUACGGCAAAGAACAAAUGCUUAGCAUAUACCAGACGCUGAAGGAGACGUCGGCACUUGAUCGACACCUAGACGAGAUAUUUCUGGGCGGGUGGGAACCUUUGGACGGCAAGAAUGGAGCACCAAGUCAAGGUGGUCGUGGCGAUGGAAAAGAUGCGGUACCUGGACCAGAAGUUUGUUGGAACUACAAUACCGAUUCAGCGCCAUUGGGUUUGACGAGCACGAGUGAGGAGGAGAAGCAGCUCUUUUCUACCUCGGUCAACUCGCCAAUCAAGUUGCAGCAAAAUCCUAAGGAGACUUCAGGUCCCGGUGUAAUAGGUGGUCGCAAGGCUUCUUUGUCCACUUACAACAAUACUGCGAGUGGCUCCAGACCAGGCACUCGGCGUAGAGACACCAGCGACUCUUUCAUGGCCAAUGGCCCUUUAUCUCCCACCGAGAACAAGACUUUUCCACGAACAGAAACGAACACGGCAACCCCUCCGCCUGCACUGCUACGACGACGAACAGACUACAAGGAGGACGAUCCGGCCCCCAGUGCUAAAGAGUAUCUUGACGCGGACGAUGGUGCGGAGUCGCAGCCUACCUUCCCUGGCUUACGGAGAGCGGGCACUGGCCCUUUGAGUGCUGGAUUGAACCCCCCUUCAGCUUCGCCUUGGUCGGCAGGUCCGCAAUCUUCUGCAUUUGGGUCAAUGGGAAGUUUCGGCAGUUUUGCAAUCGGCUCUGCGACUACCCCUAUCGAAUCCAGCGACAAGAGACCUGGUUUUGGCAGCGCGCGUGGUGGCAGCCGUUUCAAGGAUCUCCUGUCUAAGACAAGCUCGGAAGACAUUUCUCAGAGUAUCAGAGACAAGACUUCCUUUGGCGCAUUGGAGAAGCUGCCUGAGGAGGACGCCGACAACAUUCAAUCAAGGCUACGCGACGAGCUCAGAACGCGCCCAGGUCGGAGUGAGACCAAUCCAUAUGAGGAAGCUUCUAUGCGAUCUGGCAGCGCCGCUUUGAGCAGUGCCCAAGAAAAUUUGCCACCACCUGGAGGCAUUGAGCAGAUGGGGAUGUCCGCCUUUGGUCCUCCUGGCAAUAUAGGAGCUCGGGACUUCGGCCAUGAUGAUCCUUAUCAGCAGGCAUCUCAAGGAAGGUUCAAUCCACCUGAUCCGAUGAGCCCAACCAACACCAAUCCCUAUCAUAGUCCCCAUGGCCGCCCUGAGGAUGAUGAACGAGACAACAACCCCAUCUCGCAAGCUCCAGGUCUCCCACCGUUUGGCGCAAACCGUCGCAACAUGUUUGGAAGUUCCGAAGAUAGAGGUCCACCAGCCAGCAACACGCGCACCGCAACCGGUUUCGGCGGUCUUUCUGGCUUUGGUGGAUUGGGUGGCGGUUCUGGCUGGCCUUCCAACCCCCUGGGAUCGAACAAACCUCCCAUGGGUCCUGGUUUAGGAUCUGCGUUUGCCGAUCCCAUCUUCAGUCCCCUGACGGAUUUGCAAUCACCCAGUGCCAGCGGCUUCGGAGGUGGCUUCUUUGGUUCCGGCGGGUUUGGUAGCGCUGGACGUGCGAGUCGUCUAGGUGCAAUGUUCCCACCAGCCAUGCAAGAGCAGAUGCGAGGGGACAGUCGAAACGAAAUGCGGCACACUCUCGACUCGCGUCCGGAGAGCGCACAGCAACAGUCUAUCCGCGAUGCUUUUGACAACACCAACCGUCGAAGUGAGGGAUUCGGUCGUGGCUCUAGCCUCUUUGACGAGUCUCCAUCCAUGAGAAGUGUGGAAGAAGCGACUAAUGCCAGUCAAGCCGGUCAAUUUGGAGCUCCACCUUCUGGACCACCUCCCUCCUCUCUUACCGCCCCCCAACCUGAAGGCCAACGACCUGAAAGCUACCAGUCUGGUCAUGGCUUGAGCCAGUCCAGUGGCAGCAACUCCGACAAUCAACUUCCAGCAACCCAACAGCGCCAGAUGGUGAUGCCAGAUCGGAUGCGUUGGAUUUAUCGCGAUCCUCAAGGCAAUACGCAGGGACCAUUUUCGGGCCUUGAGAUGCAUGAUUGGUUCAAGGCUGGGUUCUUUACUGCAGAGUUACAGGUCAAGAAACUUGAAGAUGUUGAAUACGAACCAUUGGCCCAGCUUGUUCGGCGCAUAGGCAACUCCAGGGAGCCUUUCCUGGUACCACAAAUUGGAGUACCGCAUGGACCACCUUCAGCAGCACAAGGCAAUCACUGGGCGAAUGCCCCAGUCAGUGGAGUUGGCGGUUCAGUUCAGCCACCUUUCGCAAGUAGUUUCCCAAGCUUUGGUACGACCUUGACCGCGGAGCAGCAGAAUGCAUUGGAGAGACGAAAGCAAGAAGAACAAUUUCUCAUGGCUCGGCAGAAGGAGCACCUUGCUCAACAGCAGAUGGCAAUGAAGCACAUGCAGAUGCAGAACGGCAUGCAGCCCUUGCAGCAUCAACCCAGUGCGCAGUCACUUCACAGUCAGCCCAGUUUCAGCAGCAUGACUUCCCCAACGGGAUAUCAGCCCGCAGCACCAGGACCUAUCCAACCUCCACAGCUCGGGAUGCCUUUCGGCCAGCAAGGUGGACCUACAAGCGCGGGGCCUGCUUUCGGCGCAGGCCGCGAGGAAGAUCUUCCUAACAUGAUGGACCGCAUGAGCUUCGGGCAACGAGCUGGUCCCUUCGCGGGCGGCCCUUCAGGUCCUCCGCCAGAGGGUCCCUCUCCACAACAACUCAACUCGAUGCUGCAAGAUAGAGCUCGGGUACAACAGCAACAGCAACAGGCCGAUAUGCGAGGACAUCAGGACGCUUUUUUAGGGCCACAGGGCCGCAACGACCGACUGGACGAGUUCCACGAACUUCGUGGACAAGCGGACCUGCCGGCUGGUCGUCUCGGCCCUGAGGAAACUCGACCACAGCCUAUUGGAACUCAACGCCAUGCUGAUGAACAAUUGCCACAGAAGGUCCAUGCGCCAAUCGGACAUCCAGCAGUCGUCUCCAAGCUAGACCACGAACCACUUUCUUUGGCCCAACAGGUGCAAAUUGCGGCAGCAAGUCAAAUGGCAGCGGCCGAAGAGCAUGCGCGCGGGAAACAGGAUACUUUUAUCGAACCACCGCCUGUCUCGAUCUCUCCACUGCCGGCACCUGCAGCUCAACGCAAUCGACAACAUGUCGCUGACGCUCUUGCAGCAGAGUCAAGGUCGGCAACGCAGACACCUAUUGAAACUCCUUCGGUCUCAAUCGCACCGUGGGCGGAACGGACGGCAGAGCAUCCCAAAGGGCCUUCGUUGAGAGAAAUCCAAGAGGCAGAAGCGAAGCGUGCGGCGGAGCAGGAGGAACUUGCUGCUGCUGCACGUCGUGCGCAGCAAGCGGAACAAGAGAAGCUGAGUCAAGUCCUUGGCUCGGCUCCAGCUCCAGCUCCGGGUCUUCCAUCAACCUCGACUUGGGGAAGUCCUGCUUCACCAGUCACUCCUGGAUCUCAGUCUUCAUCGGUUUGGGCCAAGCCGACAGUUGCCAAAGCUGGUAGUGCUGCAACUGUGACUAGCAAGAAGACGCUUGCUCAGAUCCAGAAGGAGGAAGAAUCUCGCAAACAGCGUGCAGCUGCUGUGGCUGUGGCUGCCAGUGCCCAGAAUGCGGCGGCAUCCCCAGUGUCAGCUGCUGCCGUCGGGAAGCGGUACGCCGAAUUAGCCAGCAAAGUUGCACCAACCACACCAACCACGUCCAGUGCAUGGACGACAGUCGGAUCUGGCGGUAAAACCAAAGCUCCUCCUGCUGUUGUAGCUUCACCACAGCCAGCCACACGUACCGUCAGCAGCUCUACAGUCACCACUGCCAAACCACGCCCUACGCUUCAGACUUCUCGAAGCACCAUCUCGAGCCAAAGCAAGGCCAACGAAGAGUUUACGAAAUGGAUCAAAGGUUCUCUCGGGAAAGGGCUGAACAGUAACAUCAAUGUCGAUAGUUUCGUGCAAGAUUUACUGCAGCUCCCACCCGAGAUCGAAAUCAUUUCUGACAGUGUGUAUGCCAGUUCGCAAACUCUAGACGGUCGCCGCUUUGCUGAAGAAUUUGUUCGACGCCGCAAACUCGCAGACAAGGGCAUUGUCGAGCCGGCAACGAAUGGAGCCGGCGGUGUUGAUGGCAAGAGCGCUGGUGGUUGGAGUGAAGUAGCGAAGAAGGGUCCUGCUGCCGCUCCCAAAGAGGAGAAUAAUGCAUCCUUCAAGGUUGUGGCGACCAAAAAGAAGGGCAAGCGGUGAAUGUGAGAGGCUGGACCAACGUAUGACUGGACUGAUGUAACGAGCCAGAGAGAUUAGUGUAUGGAUCAUGCGACGCAAAGUUGGGUACGACUCUCAGCAAGUGCUGACCUGUGAUGAGUUUGGACUCGACGAUCUUAUCUAGCUCGUGAGGCAGACCAUGUGAAGUAGCGUUAUGCAUGAUGAAUAACAUGUAUGGUGCCUAACUUGACCGUUUGCUGUGAUCCUCAGUAGAGUCUCUCGGAGAGAUGUUCACUCGUGCACUAAGGCUGGUAAAGUUCGAGAUGUAAGCACUUGGAUUGUUGACUU